GACGUAUGUAAACAAGUUUCAUGAAUAGUCGGGCUACCGUGCAACGUGCUCUUUGUUAUUAGAAAGGCCGAAGCGGAGCAGGACACCAGUCCGAUUGGUUGUAUGGUUUGUGUAUUCGCGAUGUGAACCCCGGUUCAUGAUUUUUGUUGUAUUUUUGCAGAAAUUGUUAUGCUAGGUAGUUUAUACCAUCAGAGGAUUAUUCUUUGAGCUAUGGACGCGAUUGACGAUGACGAAUUUUUCGAUGACUGGAUCAUCAAGUCCAUGAAAUCUUACAAACAUCUGCAUAUGUUUGACCUGCCCCAGCCAACUUGUGUAAUUGAAUGGAACGAAAAGAACGGUAUCUUUGUAGCUGGCUGCAGUCCAGACUGUCGCAAUGAGAUCUUAGAGAUGAGCAUCCCGGCCAAGCUGACGUGGGAGUCCAGCAGCAAGACAGCGGCAGGACUGACUAAGGACAGAGACUUCAAGAUGUUGAGAGGAGGCUUCAGUGAUAAGCCCAUCCACUGCUUGAAGUAUCUCAGAGGAACUCGACCAAGACUGAUUGUCACUGGUAGUCAUGCCAGCCCACACCUGGAUGUAUGGCAACUGGACACAGAGACCAAUGAUGUCAUUAAGAAGCUGCCCACAGUGCCUGGACGAGCGACAGAAGGGGGCGGAGUCAGGGGUGGGGUCAGGGGCGUGGCCCAACGGCCAGGUCACAAAGGUCACGUAGCGUUUGGCUCUACGAUGUCCAAUCUGCAGGUUGCUGAUGUCGGGACAAAAGAGGUGAUAGCGACAGAUUUUGGGAAAGCUGACUGUGUGGUGGAGAUGAAAUUUCUGAAUGAGAACGAGUUAGUGACGUGCAAUACCCAGAGGGGCCUCAUUAAUAUUCAUGACCUGAGAAUACCUUCAAGCCAAUCACCACCCAGUAACCACCUCAUGAGUAAUUCAAGAACUGGAACUGAACAGAGCAUACUAGAUGGAGACUCAUCCCCCAAAGACAUUGACCAAUCACAUGUAGGCUUAGAUACUUCAAUUCCUGAAAGCUCCAAUGAGAAUACCUCUUGCAAGGGGGGAGCAACAUGGACCUUUGACCUCAGGUGUACAUCAGACACUAAUCUAGAUCCCUCUAAUGAAGGAGACAUUGCUUGUAAGAAACCCAAGCUGGAUGCUACUGUGGCAACAGUUGUUAGCCUCUGCUCCAGCGGUGAACUUCUUAUCAGAGACUUAAGAAACCUUGAAUCACCACUGCACCAUGUUAAACUUGGAGAUGAAAGAAGACUAAGGAAGUCAGGAAAUUUAACAGUGAAGUGGUGUCCAACAGAAAAGACUUUGCUCUCAGUAUCUGGAUUGAAUGGAUGUGUGGACAUCUACGACACUUCAACAUGGCAGCAACGCUCAAACUCUCCACCAAUGGUAAAGCCCGUCUUCAGCCACGAAGGUCACAUAACGGGCGAAUCAGCCAAUCAGGAUGUGGGGAUAUUAUGCCAUGCCUGGCAUCCAUGGCAACCCUGCGUGGUGAUGUCAUCAGGUAGCGACGGCUCGCUGCAUGCCUGGGACUGGUCUUCUGUCUCAUGAUUUGGAAAAAUAUUAUAAUUUAGUCUUUUUUUUAACAGCAACUUUUAAACUCUUACCUUGAACAUCAACUGCCACAAACAUUUGAGGAAAUAUAAAAUUAUGCAGACUUGCCUAUUAAAGGUACGUAGGAACAUUGGUAGUUAUUGGAGAAGGGACCUAUCAAUUUGAUAAGAAAAACCAUGUUUAAAUUGAAGAUAGAGAUUCUCAAAUGUGUCAACGAAGCUGAAACUUCAACAGAUUAAUUAUUCAUUCUACUUAUGAUUUUGAGCAAUUUUGUAUUGCUUCAAACAAGUAAAGCAAAUGAUCUUAUAUAGCUUAACGACUUACUGUAAAGAUGAAAUUUGCACAAAUUUUCUUGUUUAUUAUUUUUUUUAACCUGGUUGGAAUCAAACUUGAGUUUCCUGCUAUGUUGGAAUUGCACUGAGUUUUUGUUAACAGUCUCUCCAAAAUGAACCUAUUUACAAUCAUCAGGUUAUUUUGCCAGAAAGGUCAAUCAAGGACAUUUGUUCUUCCUCCUCGAUGUAGAAUACGGACACAGACACGAAAUUCCAUUGUAAUUAAUUUUAACAAAAAUAAGGAAACAAAAUGACAAAGAUGUUACCAUGUCAAUAGAGGGCGCCCUUGAUUAAUUUGGUGGUGCAAAAGAAAUGCAAGUACUGAGGCCAUUUCUCAAACCUCGGCUUCGUCUCCAUUUCGGCUUCAGGCAUGUUGUUUACACAUGAGCUAGAGACAAACCAAAGACUAGGUUUAAGAAACGUUCUGGGUGUUUGGUAAUGGAUAGUAUUAAACACUUGUAAAGCAGUGACCUGAUGCGAAUAGUCUCGGGGUGUAUAUUGUAACCUUACAACAAUACAGGCACAGGGAGUGUUUGUUGUCAUUGAGAAGGGAGGUUCAAAUAUUUACUUAUAGCCAUUAGUGUCUCAGUUUCGGCAGCAAGUUCUUCCAUUGUGGUUAUACACUGACCUUUACAACCAAUCUGGAAAUCUAGAACGUCUUAUUGGUAACUUUCAGAUCUCAAUGCCAUUGGAUAUUGUACAAAGUCAGGAUGCAAAAGUCGAUUUUUGUGUUUCUAUAUUUGUAAGCUUUUAUGUCUUUUUCAAUUAUAGUUUGAGCUGUCAAACUCAUCUGAAAGAAAAAAAGAAUCUGAAAUAGAAAUUGGAAACCGAUAA